UCAUGGGUCAUCUCAGCCCAGCUUGUACAUUCUCAUAACCUGGUUGGGUUUUCCUCUGCUGUCCCAUCAAAAGGUUUUCUCUUUGAGCAUCUGAUUCAGUAAUUACUAAUUACUGCACCUUUCAUCUUAACGGGUCAAAGUUCCUUGUUUUCAGUCUUUCAGAUAAGCUUUCUUCUUGAAUGCUAGGUCUCACCCACCUUCCCUAUUUCACAUUGAUUUCUUCUUCUGUCCAUUCCUAGAUUUGCUAAUGUCUUUCCUUUACAACUUGACAUAGACAUGUUACCAUUGCUGUGUAUCACAAGUUAAUUGACAGCAGUUUUAAAUUUUGGUACCUUUAAGCCUUCAACUUCAGGUCUCCAAUGGUUUCACAAGACUCACCCCCAAACCAAGCCUCAGGUGUUCUCCACCACUUCAUUGUCUCAGACUCCAUGGCUGCCCAAAACCACAUGGAAAACCAACACCAGCUUGGUGCUGCUUACUCUAAUUUUAGAACCAACACUAGCACAUUACCUCAGUCUGUUGGUCUACUUCCCAGCAUUCAUUCUCUUGAGGAGAGAAUGUCUAGAUCACUAGACCUUCUCCAUGCUCCUCCAACUGUUGCAGCAGAGGGGUCAGAUCAUAUGAGCCACACAAGGCUUCUAAUGGAUCAGCACCAAGCACUCUCACUGUCCCUUGGCUCACAGAUGUUUCUUGCUCCUAAUUCACAUUCUGCUCAUUAUGCAAGUGAUGACUACUCGUUCAUGGGAAAUGCGCUUGCUUCGUCUUCGAGCUUGAUGAAUCCGCAGUCUUUGGCAGCAGUAAUUGGGAAUUCAAGAUAUCUGAAGCCAACUCAGUCACUGUUAGAGGAGAUAGUUAGUGUUGGUGGAAAGUCAGUUGAUAUCAGCAGUGAAAAACAAGCAGGGAAGAUGUAUGGUGGAGGUAGGAAAGGUUCAAUAAGCCUUUGUUCUCAAUUGAAAGCAGAGUUGUGUAACAAUGGCCUCAUAUCAGCUGACAGACAUGAAUUCCAAGCGAAAAUCGCAAACCUCAUCACCUUGCUGGAAGAGGUUGAGGACAGAUGUGAGAAGUACUACCAUCAAAUGGACGAAGUGAUGCAAUCAUUUGAGAUGGUAGUAGGUGCAGGAGCAGCCAAGUCUUACACAGCUCUGGCUCUCAAGGCAAUGUCCAGGCACUUUGGCAGUUUAAGGGAUGCCAUAAUGUCACAUAUAUAUGCAGAAAAGCGAAAGUUGAUGCCUGAUUUUCCGAAAGUGAGCAGCGGACUAGCACAACUCAGCUUGCUAGAUCGAGAGAGUAGACAAAAGAGAAUGUCGCUCCAACAGAUUGGGGUUAUUCAUAGCCAAAGGCAAGCAGCUUGGAGACCUAUCAGAGGGUUGCCUGAGACCUCAGUGGCAAUUCUCCGCACUUGGCUUUUUGAACACUUUCUUCAUCCUUAUCCAAAUGACUCUGAGAAGCUAAUGCUGGCAUCACAAACAGGCCUGUCCAAGAACCAAGUUUCAAAUUGGUUCAUAAAUGCAAGGGUUCGACUUUGGAAACCUAUGAUAGAGGAAAUGUACAGAGAAGAAUUUGCAGAUUCUUCACAAGAUAAUCCAGUAGCUAGUAAUUCCAUGACCGGUGAAAGCAACACAGAUCACACAGAUGAUUAGAGCAGAGAAGAAUUAGAUUGGACUGUCAUUUUCAAGUGUUGGCAAUAAUUUCAAGUGUGGAGUUCAGUGUUGAGA